AUGGGUGAUCAAGAGCUAGAAGCUAUUAGACAGUCGAGGCUCCAGCAGCUCAAGCAGCAAGGUGGUGGAGGCUCUGGUGGAAAAGAUCCAGAGGCAGCAUCCGCCAAUGAUGAAGCCAAGCACAUGGAUUUGGCAAGGAUUCUUGAACCGCAAGCAAGGGAAAGAUUAUCGAGAAUCGCACUUGUAAAACCAGAACACAGCGAGAGAAUAAAGGAUAUGCUGAUUAAAAUGGCAAAAUCAGGACAGAUUAGAUCGCAAGUGACUGAGCAGCAGCUCGUUGGGCUACUCGAUCAAGUUUCUUCUGUUGUGCCAUCAGCCUCUGCAUCCAAAAUAACGUUUAACAGGAAGCAAGUUAUUGACGAUGAAGAUGAUUUUGACUUGUAA